CACAGUAAAGGCUACUUGCAUAUAGAUAACUGCAAUGGAUCGACGCUCGAUGAGACGCCCGCGUCGUGCGGACGAUGUUGCACCAGUUGCCCCCGUCCCCGCCGCUGCACCCACACAGACACAGACCAAAAGGUCCGCCUCCAGCACAGCUCCCCCUGCCGCCGCCGCCACCACGACUCGCACACGUGCUUCACCGUCGCGCAACAAAGCGCCGGUGGUGGCGCCACCCGAGCCACCCCUACUGGAGUCCGGUCCGCGCACCCGUCGCUCCAGCAGACCGCGGUCCGCUGCCGGGCAACCCACAGCGGCAGCGGCAGCGCCUCUCAAGGCCACCAUUAAGCUACCGACGCCAAUCAAGGAAGUUAAUGAGAGAUCAUUCAACGUGCGAAACUCGAGCAGCUUUCCACUGACACUGACCACGAAUACCUCGACAAGUGCUCCCAGCCAAUCGAUGGCCACAUCCUCGGUGAACAGCGCCAACAGCAGCAGAACCUUCAGCAGCAGCACAACAACCACACAGCGCAUUGAGAUCCGCUCCGAGGGAGGCACUGGCGAUGAGGUGGACACGGAAUCCAUACGCAAACGCUUGACGGAUCGUCUGCGUCGAUCUGUGUCCAAGACCUUCUCGAAUAUGGCGGGCACGCCCACUCCGAAUACAGAGGAUGCAGGCAGUCGUUAUAGUCGUUCCGUUUCGCGAUCCGUUUACGACGAUGAGAAGAGCUCGAAGCGCAGUUACUCCACCGGCGAGGAGGAUAUCGAGGAGGAGGAUGAGGAUAAUGAUCAAUUCCGCAGUUUCAAUGUCACUCGCCAGUCGGUAACUGGCACUCCAGUGUUGGCCAAUGUCUGCCGUAAACUGCAGACACCCAGAGAGUUCGGUGGCUGGCCGGGAGCAUUGUUGCUGCUCUUGGGGAUUCCCUUUGUGGUCUACUAUCUCACCUGGAGCUGCACGGCUCGCAAUGCAUGCCAAUUUAAGCGGGCCAAUCUGACGGCUCUGCUGGAUUGGAACUAUCUGGCGCGUCAGGUGUUCCAGACGCACGUCGUCGGCGCCUUUACGGCCUAUCAGUUUGUGGUGUUCCUGCUGGUGGCAUUGCUGCCCGGACGACGUGUCCAUCUCACGCGUGAGACAUACAAAUUCAAUGGCCUGGGAGUGUGCGUGACUUUGUUGUUGGCCGGCGGAAUAGCCGAGUAUCUCAAGUAUCCGGUUGUGAGCUUUGUGCUGCGUCAUUAUCUACGCUUCUGCAUCUAUGGACUGAUGAGUGCAUUUGUUGCCGCUUCGUGGAGCUACUGGCGUGUGGAUACCACCAAAUAUAACGUAUUACGCCAGACGCUGGCCAAUGAUUAUGGACGCAGUGGCAACUUUGUGGUGGACUUUGCCCUGGGUCGUCAGCUGAAUCCCAAGUGGCUGGGACGUGUCGACUGGAAGCAGUACUACUAUCGCCUCUCCCUGGUCAGCACUCUGUUGUUUGCCGCCUGCUACAUCUACCAGACGCUGCAGUGGCCCCAAUGGCCACAGGCCCAGGAGGGAUACGUCUAUCUGAUGCGCUAUUAUUGGAACAAUCUCAACUACGAUGCUGGCACACUGCUGGCAGCCACUUCACUGCUCAUCUAUGUACUGGAUGCACUGCUCUUUGAGCACCAUUUGAGCUGCUCCUUUGAGCUGCAGCAUGAGGGAUAUGGCUGUCUGCUCCUCCUGCGCUAUGCUGCCACGCCCUAUUUGCUGAGCUCCGUGAGCAAGUACUUCUAUGAGCAGCGUGUGCCCAUCAGCUGCUGCUUUGCUCCCUAUGCAGCCAUGUUGCUGCUCCUGAUUGGACUCGCCGUGAAGCGUUACAGCUGCGCCUACAAGUACAAGUACCGUUUGAACUCACAGAAUCCCAUCUUUGCCAACAUCGAGACCAUUCACACCUACCAGGGCAGUCGCCUGCUGUUGAGCGGACUGUGGGGUCAUCUGCGUCAACCCAAUUACCUGGGCGAUAUCUUGGCUCUGUGUGCUUUGGGUGCGCCCAUGUUCCUGCGCCCAGCCUGGCCGCCAUUGCUCUGCCUGCUGCUCCUGGUCCUUGUACUCCUGCAUCGUGCCACGCGGACCAAUGCCCGCAACCAGGGACGCUAUCACUCCUCCUGGCAUCGCUACUGCACCCAGGUGCGCUACUAUAUACUGCCCAAGAUCUACUAAGUUGGGGCCACCUUUUCUCCUGCUCGUUUGAAUUUAUUUAAUUAUUAAACCCCUCACAUCCACACUCCCCUCCCCAGCGUCUGAGAGUUAUUCAUCUGAUUUUUUUUAGUUUUUAGCGUUUUAUUCGAUUUUUUUGUAUAUAAUCAAUACAUCAAUUAUUUGUAUUCCAUUUAUAUUUUAUCCAUGUCAUCGCUCCUAAUCCAUUUUCCAUUUCAAUGAUUUUUAGUACAAAAUUUUAUUUUACUCAUGACCAGAAAACAAAACAAAAACCACAAAUUAUAUUACUUUAGCUUAAUAAUUAUAUGCUAUAGCCAUACAACUUAUAUACUGUAUAAUUAGACAUUUUCUAAGACUUAGAAAUUAUUAUUUAAUUACUCAAUUAUACUGUCGCUUAAACGAAUUCAAAAAACAUGUACCGUGUAAAUAUUGCAAUUAUUUUAUAUAAAUAAACUAAAUGCUUUGGUUUCUAAAGUUAAAGAAACGCAAAAA